AUGAUGAGGCACGGGAUUGGACGUGAGCUGAUUGAGCAAAAGGUCACGUUCAUGAACAGACUACGAUCAAAGUGGAAGGCAGUGGUGUCAAUUGUUAAAGCACAUGAACAGUUCAAUAACUAUACUCUUGCAAGACUUGUGGGAAUUCUGAAGGCGCAAGAGAGUGAAGUAAUUAAAGAAGCAAAGGUGGUGUUUGGGAUGGGGUCUUUUGCCUUAGUUGCGAAAGGAAAGACUGUUGCUGAUGACGUAUCUGAUUUAGAUCAUUUUGAGUACGAGCUCUCAAACGAAGAUUUUGCUUUAAUGGGAAGCUAUAACUCAAAGAAAGUGAAAGAGGAGAACAAAAGUGGAUCUCAUAAAGAGGAAGAGAAGAAGGAGAAAAAGGUAGUUGAUGACUCAGGAUACGAUUGCAAUUAUUUUCAUGGUAAAAACCAUCUUGCAAAGGAGUGUAUGUUGCGAAGGAAGAAUGAGAAGAAUGAAGGAGAGGAUGAGGAGGCCUAUCACAUGCAAAAGCUGGAAGAGAUUAAGAAGAAGAAAUCUAGUGAUAAUUAUAUGCCUGCUUUUGUUGUACAGGAAAACUUGGCUCAAGGUGAGUUCGGAGGAGUGGAAGUCUGGUCAACAGACUCAGAGGAUGAAGAAGUACGCAAGCCCACACAUGGAAGGGUGUUUGUUGCGAAAGAACAUAAUUCACAAUGCUCAAGAAGAUGGUUGAUGGUGACUGAAGGCGGAUCGCAGAUGAAGGAGAAUGCAAGUGGGAGUGGAAGGAGCGAAGAUAGCUGCUUCGCGGCAAGGCCUGUUCCAGAACAGAUCAACGAAUGUGAACAUCUAAUCAAUAAGGAAGACGAAAUAGACGCAGACUGCUACAAUUGCGAAUGUAUUGUCUCGUCUGAAGAAACUUCAGAUGCAUACAAAGUCGGACUUGAACGUAUUGAAAAUUACAUUAAGUCCAAGGACCACAAAAACACGUUGAAACAACUUCUGGAUGAAAAUGAUAAAAAGCAGAUCAAAUCUGAUACUGAUAGUGAUAUGAGUGAUAUUUCUGUAGAAGAUGAGGUUGACUGCUCAGAGUUUGUUAAAAUUGAAUCUCAUCCUGCGAAAGCUCUUAUUUCUGAAAUUUUUGUUAAGUUCGCAAGAGUUGUUCAAAACAAACCUGAAAUUUUGAAAGUAAAAGCAACAGUUUUUCCAAAAGUUCAAACAAGACCAAAUCAAGUUUUUAAAGUUAAUGGGGUAACCAAAAAUCAAACCAUCGAGCUAAAGACCAUUGUCGAAGAAGACAACAAAGACGGAUGUGAUGAAUUCUUUUGGUCAGCUCCAAUAGAUAAUGCUGACGAAACUGUUAUUCGUGACGAACAGUUCGACACUAAAUGGUAUAUCGACAGUGGCUGUUCACGUCACAUGACAGGAAGAAAGGAGGAACUACGAGAAUUCAGGGCUCUCAAGGAUGGUGGCAACGUAAAAUACGGGAAUAAUUAUUUUGGCAGAAUAAAAGGCUACGACAUGAUAACGAAUGGGAAAUUCUCUAUUCGUAAAGUGGCUUAUGUAGAAGGCUUGCAGCAUAACCUAAUCAGUGUCUCACGGUUGGGUGUAAGAAUCGGAUUGAAAGUAUCAUUUAAUGACGAAGGAUCAGAAAUCAUUGAAAAGAAAUCCAAGACUGCAUCUUUCACACUUAAACUUCAAAGACAUCAACAAGCUUGUCUUGGUGAUCAUGUACGAGGACUUCCUCUAUUGAAAUUCGACAAGGAUCAUUUGUGUGCAGCCUGUGAGAUGAGAAAGCAAAGUAGAAAAAGUCAUCCAUUUAUUGUGAACACGAAAGUCAUCGAACCUUUGGAACUUCUACACAUCGACCUUUGCAGGCCUUCUUCUAUUGAAAGUGUUGGUGGUAGUAAGUAUAUUCUAGUAAUUGUAGAUGAUUUUUUAUGUUUCACUUGGGUGUUCUUUCUUAGACAGAAAUCUGAAGAAACACCAAAGCUCAAGGACUUUAUUAAGGAAAUCAAACUUCAACUGCGAAAGCUGGUUCGCAACGUUCGUAGCGACAACGAGCUAGAAUUCAAAAACCAAGCGUUUGAAGAAUUUCUUGCUGAAAAGGGAGUCACACACAACUUCUAUGCUCCCUACACUCCACAAUAG